AUUUGCAGAAAUUUCGCAGUGGUUGGUGAUGACGACUCCGACGUGAACUAUUUCAAUUUUCUUCCCCUUUCAUUCUUCACGUUCUCUCCCACCUUCGCCGAUCGCCGCCCGCCGUACCUGCCUUCUAUCUAUUUAUGUGCUCCGGCUUUUCACGUUGAUCGGCCUUUUGUUUUACUUGGUGGUGGUGGCCCACCUUCAAUGUCUAUCGCCGAAUUUCCUGCCACCGUCGAACGGGUCCACAUCAACAGCGGUACUGCCGACGCCGAACACUGCCUGCUUAAUCGCCACAACUCUCAGGGUCACCGUCAUCAUUGCGUCUCGUCCAAGCGCAAGUUAGAUGACUAUGCUGCCAGUCUUGACGACGAGGACGAGGACGCUCCGUUGUUUGACUUAAUUUCUAUUAGAAUGAAGAAAGACGAAACGAGUGCGAUCGACUCCUCUUUUGACGGCCGGUUGGGUGAAGGAACUAGCUCCGACUUUGAGUAUCGGGGUUUUGAUGAUUCCUCGACCUCUAUGGCGGCAGAAACCUCACCAAAGCCCAUUCUCUCUCCGCACGAGUUGCAAUUUUUUGUCCGAACGAUGUCCGUCGGGAAUACUAUGGUAAUGCUCGCCAAUACUAACGAUACAGUGAUGUCGCUUCAUGAGCGGAUACAAUCUAUUACGCGCAUACCAGUUUUUGAGCAGAGGUUGAUAUAUCGGGGAAGGCAACUCCAGCACGAACAGUCACUACGCGAGUGUUCGAUACAGAACAAUGCCGAGCUGCAAUUAGUUGGUCGCAUGAGGAGCACGGAGCAUCCGAAAGCUUGGCAGAUUGUUGACGACAUGGUUUCAUUGGUUCUACGACUUUAUAGGGGGGAGGUUGUGUUUUCUGCUUCGGAAAUUCUCACUACCUUGAUGACCGAUUUCUUAAGUUUGGCUACGCAAACGGACUUAGAUCCGGCAAUGAAGCAACUCCAGGUUUUCUUGUCCCUUUCUGCCCCAGCAGCGCUAGUGAUGCUUUAUUUGUCUCCGAUUAAAGGAAAUACAGAUUGUGCUGAUAAUUUGAUUAAGCAUUUUAUGGAUUUGCUUUGUCAUUCAGUUCCCAAAUCGUUAAAAAAGUGCUGUGCGAUUAUAGUAUUAGAAUUUUGUAAUUUGCUUAGGAGAGAUACUCCGGAGGACAGUUUAUAUGUUUUAUGCCGCAGUACACUGGGCUCAUUGUUGGAAACUGAUGGCAAUAGUCGCGGGAUGAGAUGCUUAGAAAGUGUUUGGGGACCCAUCAAAACGCCCGAGCUUUUUCCGUUUGUUAAUGAACUGGCCAAUAAAUUGUCCAUCGACUUAUCCUCAAGCAUACGGUCUCCCACAAGUGCAGGGCCUUCUGUGACUGAUAUUAGUGAUUUUACAGCAUUUUUACUUCCUUUACGCAAUGCAAUUCCAGAGAAAUUGAGUUUUCAUGGCUCCAAGAAUGUGCCACUGGAUAGGGGAGGCUUUAGGGAUUCUUCUUAUGGAGAAGAGGGUGAAUUUCUUCAUAAUAUAUAUCUUAGUUUGUUGAAACAGAUGGAUAUAUGUCUUCAAGGAAUGGAAGCUUUCUUGACCGAUAAAGGAAAGGGGAACUGUGUAAUCCCCUACAUAGGAUGGUCUCAGUAUCUUCCAAUUCUAAAAGAAUUGAAUGACAUCUCCCUUCUUUUCCAGGGUCUUAAAGAAGAAUUUUGGGCAAUCAUGAGGCCAAGGAAAUCUUCUAUUUGUGAGCUCAUUAUUAGAUUUGCAAAGCGAGCUGAUGAUUAUUCGUGGAUUCUUUGCCACAAGGAUGUAAUAAAUUCUGAAUCUAGAAGACAUCUGUCAAUGCUUAUGUUUCCUGAGCCAACAGAGGAUUAUGAGGAACUGCAGGAAAUGCUGAUUGAUAGGUCCCAAUUAUUGGAAGAAUCUUUUGAGUACAUCACAAAUGCGAGUGUUGAGGCUCUACGUCAUGGACUAUUCGUGCUAUUCAAAAAUGAGGAGGCUACGGGCCCUGGUGUCUUGCGAGAGUGGUUUUUGCUGGUCUGCAAGGCUAUUUUUAACCCACAAAAUGCCCUUUUUGUUGCAUGUCCUAAUGAUCGAAGAAGGUUCUUUCCCAACCCUGUUUCGAAGGUGGACCCUAUGCAUCUCAGUUAUUUCAGUUUUUCUGGCCGAGUUAUUGCACUAGCUUUGAUGCAUAAUGUGCAAGUAGGUGUUGUCUUUGAUCGUGUUUUUUUCUUGCAAUUGGCUGGAAUGUGCAUCUCCUUGGAAGAUAUACGAGAUGCUGAUCCUUACUUGUACGGUAGCUGUAAGCAGAUUCUUGAUAUGGACGCUGAGCUUGUUGAUUCAGAUGUUUUAGGACUUACAUUUGCUAGUGAUUUCGAGGAGCUAGGGACAAGAGAAGUUGUGGAUCUUUGUCCUGGAGGCAAAGACAUGGUUGUCAAUAGUAAGAAUCGUAAGGAAUAUGUUCAGCUUCUCAUAGAGAACCGCUUCAUGAAAUCUGUCUCUAAGCAGAUAUCAUAUUUUGCAAAUGGUUUUACUGAUGUACUUGCUGAUAAACGAUCACACAAAUGCUUUUUCCAAAGCCUAGAGCUUGAAGAUCUUGAUUGGAUGCUAUAUGGGAGUGAAAGUCAAAUCUCUGUUGAAGAUUGGAAGGCGCACACUGAAUACAGUGGCUACAAAGAAACUGAUCCUCAGAUAUCCUGGUUCUGGAAGAUUGUGUCUGCAAUGACACCGGAGCAGAGGGUUAAUCUUCUGUUCUUCUGGACCUCAGUGAAAUACCUUCCAAUCCAGGGUUUCAAUGGCUUGGCUUCAAAGCUGUACAUUUACAAGUCUUCAUCGCCAUACGAUCAUCUUCCCUCUUCUCAUACAUGCUUUUUCCGGUUGUGUUUCCCUCCUUAUCCCUCCGAGUCGAUCAUGAAAAGACGCCUCGAAAUUAUCACUCAAGAGCACAUUGGAUGUAGCUUUGGUACAUGGUAACCCCCCUUUUGCUUGCUCGUGUUCCAGACUUCCAGUCCCAGUACAUUUAUGGUAUACUGUUGUCUGCACAUAUUUUUGUUCUUGCCUUGUACAGAAUCCAUAGAUACAAAUGUCAUACUUGUGUUCUGUGAAUCUGACUCCGUUUUAACUGUUCGAUGUCGUUCUGUUAAUAAAGUGUCAUUUCUGCUUUUGUCAAUGUCCAAAACUAUGCUACAGAAAAAAGCAAAAUGUUCUCUGCACUGACUCUUUGGGUCGAGGCUGUGUACAUGUUU